UGGCGAUUUCAAUCGUUGAUAAGCAUUGGGAAGCAGUCUAGUUCUCACAAAGCAAGCCAAACGUCAUCGUCACGAUGAUGACGGCAACAAAGAAGCGCCUAAAAAUAGUCGCCGCAGCAUCGUUCUCCUUGCUGCUGGUGGUCUACUUGUACAGAGCGAUCAGUGCCUCCACCGUGGGAAUGCCUGGUGGUGUGGGGGUGGUGGGACGGCUGUCCGGACCCAUUGAGGAGGAGCAGCAGGGCCAGUGGCCACCCACGGAAGAUGCUAUACAAAGAAGCCUGCAGAACGCCUACGAUGCCCACAAUUCCCUUAUCAAAGAGCAGCGUGCGGAGCUGCAGCGCACCAAAGAGCAAUUGGCCCAGUUAGAAGAGCAAAUCCGUUCGCUCCAGACCAGCACGCCUCGCAAAUAUCCCAAAGUCAAAUACCUUAAUUACAAGAAUCGCAAAAGAAUCCUCAUCACCGGAGGAGCAGGCUUUGUGGGCUCCCAUCUCGUUGAUGAUCUGAUGAUCCAGGGUCACGAAGUAAUUGUGGUGGACAAUUUUUUCACCGGUCGCAAGCGCAAUGUGGCCCACUGGCUGGGACACGAGAACUUUGAGCUCAUCCACCAUGACAUUGUUAAUCCGCUGUUCAUUGAAAUUGACGAGAUCUAUCACCUGGCCUCGCCGGCCUCCCCACCGCACUACAUGUAUAAUCCGGUGAAAACCAUCAAGACAAACACCAUGGGCACCAUUAACGUACUGGGCCUAGCGAAGCGAGUGAUGGCCAAGGUUCUGAUUGCCAGCACCUCGGAAGUGUACGGCGAUCCGACAGUUCAUCCGCAGCCGGAGACUUAUUGGGGCCACGUGAAUCCAAUUGGACCACGAGCCUGCUAUGACGAGGGAAAGCGUGUCUCCGAGACCCUGAGCUAUGCGUAUGCCAAACAGGAAAAAGUCCAAGUUCGCGUGGCCCGUAUCUUCAAUACGUACGGACCGAGGAUGCACAUGAACGAUGGCCGUGUGGUGUCCAAUUUCAUCCUACAGGCUCUGCGCAACGAGACCAUCACUGUCUAUGGCAAUGGCCGGCAGACGCGCUCCUUCCAGUACGUUUCGGAUCUGGUUGAUGGGAUGAUAGCACUAAUGGCAUCCAACUACACUCAGCCGGUGAACCUGGGCAAUCCCGUGGAGCAGAGCAUCGAGGAGUUUGCCCAAAUCAUCAAGCAAUUGGUGGGCGGACCGAGUCCGAUUAAGCAGACCAAAGCCGUGGAGGAUGAUCCCCAGCGACGCAAACCGGACAUUACGCGGGCCAGACACUAUCUGAAGUGGGAGCCAAAGGUUCCGCUCGAAAGGGGUCUGCGGCAGACAAUCUCCUACUUUCGCAACGAACUGGCGCGCAGCGACCGGUUCCAAGAGAGCUCCAACAAGUACUUCGAUUCGCCCGACUUGCAGCGAAGUCGCCCCUAAAUAUAGACCUAUAUGUAGUGUAAAUUCGUGUGUGCCUGUAUGCCAAACCCAAAAUACCAUUGGAGUUGGUAACGCAACGUCUCUAGUCUGCAAAAAAAUGUAAAUAUGACCAUCGAUAUAGCA